AUAGUAGGAUUAAUGCAUCCGUGGGCGGGCUAUACUAGAAUAGUCUGCAGAACAGUAUUUAGGUUGUGAUUUCUAAACUAAUUAAUCAGCACAGACCCAUUAUAUUAGAAAAAAUGGAGGACACAAAGCCUGAGGAGACGAAUGUGGAAGAGCAGAAGGAUGAGGAGAAUAAGGUCUGUCCAGAGAAAUUGGAGGAAGCCAAACUGAAGGCCAAAUACCCUCACUUGGGUAAUAAACCCGGAGGAUCCGAUCUGCUCAGAAAAAGACUGCAGAAGGGGCCAAAGUACUUUGACUCGGGCGACUACAACAUGGCGAAGGCCAAGAUCAAGAACAAGCAGCUUCCAGCGGCACAGACAGAGAAGACCGAGAUCACCGGAGACCACAUCCCCACUCCUCAGGACCUGCCGCAGAGGAAACCCUCUCUGGUUGCCAGCAAACUGGCUGGCUGAUAUCUGCUGCUGUCCUUCACUCCACACUCCCACUUCCUGUCUCUUCCUCCAUUUAUCUCUGAUCCUGCAUUCCUGCCCUCAUCCUCUAUCGUUUCCUGUCCUCUGAAAAUACACUGAAUAUUCAAGGGUUGCAGAUAUUACAGAGCUGUACUGCCACACUGUGAGAUAGGUUGGGUCGUGGCUCCAAAGGGGGUGAAGUUCUCAAAGGUCUUCUGAUAUUUUUAAUGUGUCGUAGUAUGUAGUUGAAAGUGUACAUAUUUGCUAGUGAGUGAGGGCAAACAGCAUUUUAGGAGAUGUUUUGCAUUUUAAUUGUAACCAUUCCUGAAUUACCCACUGCUUAGAGGACUAGGUCACCCAAAAAUGAAAAUUCUGUCAUAUGCAAUGAGUAAAUGACUUUAUUUCCUCUGGUGAAUGCAAAAGGAGAAGUUUAGUGGAAUGUCAAAGCUGUUUUUUUUUUUUUUCAAACAAAGUCUAUAAAGGGAAAGGGAUGUACAAAACAACUGUACUUUAAGUCAUCCGCACAGCUUCUAUCCAUGGAUAUAACAAUCAUUGAGGUCCACCAGGUGCAGACCUUUUCGAGGUGUAUAAUAAAAGUUGCCUAAUAAUAGUUGAACUUUGGCACAAAGAUGUUGUACAAAUGCCAAGAUAACAGACUUUAUUAUCUGAGCUGAAUAGCGCUCAUCAGUGUCAAAAUGACUUAGAUGACCAAUCAAAUCAGAGUAGGCAUUACUGUUACUGUUUACAGAAGCCGAGUGUGAAUUCCAGCAUUAUUCAGUUUUAAUGAACAAAAUGAAAUGUAACUAGGUCAACACUUGAUAUUUGACAACUGUGCAUCUUUAGUCUUCUGAAGCCAUAUUGUAACUUUGUUUUGUUUUGAAGUGUCAUUAGUGCUUGUGCUCAAUUCAGAACAUUCAAAUGACACAUUAUAAUCAGUCACAAAUAAUUGCGCAACCAGUGGCAUUUGACGCUGAUGCAAAAGCACCGUAAAAUGUAUGUUUGGAUAUGCGUAGGUGUAAAUGAGAUUUGAGAGGAUUUUUAGCAAAUUACAACUCAAGUUAUCACAUAGCUUCAGAAGACUGAGAUCCAAUGACAAGUCACGUGCGGUUGGAAUGACAUGAGUAAAGAGUAAAUUGUGCCAGAAUUUUCUUUUCGGGGUGAGCUUUUCCAUUAAUCAUGGAGUUAAGUGCUUGAAUCGAUAAUGAAUUGAAAGUAAUCUCUAAUAUUGUGGUUGAUCUGCACCCUGUUUCUUUUAUGAGAACGCUUGUUUCUUUUUGUCAUGUUUCAGCUUUAAGUGGAGGACACUUGGUUAGUCAUGUUUGAUAGCAUGUAAUGCAGAUCUCUGAGGCUGCUGUCAUCUUGCCUUGCACCAUAGAGCUUAAAGCCUUAUAAAGAUGUAGUGCCAAUGCACAGGUUGGCAAGCAGUUCUAUAAUAUCACACGUUCCUUUCAUACAUCAUUUAUGUCUGGUUGUAGACUCCAGGCAGUGAGGUUGCUUCUUCACCUGGUGUGUAAUAAACUCCAUGAGAUCUUCUGUACAUUGUCUUCUAUGCAGAGGAGAGAGACAGUUGCCUGUCGGCUCCUCAUACCACAUUGUCGCACUACAGUAAACUGUCCACGGUUUGCAUGAGCAUAAACUGUGGCCGCUUUUGAGCCAUUUUGACUUGUAAAUAAAAUAGUUUUGCAAACCUUC